AAAAUUCAAGAUGGCGAUGAAGUUGACCACCGAAACAAUCAAGUUACGAUUCCCUAAUGUACCAAAUAUUUCCACCGAAGAGCUUUUUGAGCUGAUGAAAGCAGAAAGUUCAAAGCGGAAGUUGGUUUUGUUGGAUGUCCGUGAGGAGAUAGAAUUUCAAGUCAGUCGUAUUUGCAAUGCAUGUAAUGUUAGCCCUUCAUUAAAAGACAUGGAACACAUAAUGAAAAUGAUCAUGGAGACAGGUGAAGCAUGUGAAGGUGUCAUGAAGGUUGUAUGCUAUUGCUCCGUGGGUUACCGAUCAAGUUAUCUUGCUCAGCGUUUACUAUGUGAACUGGACAAACCUGUUUAUCAAGAAAUGAAAUCCAAGGUUAUGGUAUACAAUUUGGAAGGUUCAAUCUUUAAAUGGGCAAAUGAAGGAAAAGAGCUUGAAGAUAACAAAGGACUAAAGACUCUUGUAGUACAUCCUUAUAAUGUUGUAUGGGGAAAGCUACUGAAUGCCGAGCUGAGAUGCUCAGAACCAAGGGAAUCAAGUGAGAAUGAAAGGGAAAGGCAGCCGAAACUCUGAUGGCAUCAAAUGAUAUUGACUUACAGAGCCAUGCAUAAAGAUGAAAAAGAAUUCCAACAACAAAUUGGCUUCAGAAUGUUCUUAACUGAGUUUCAGCGCUGUUCAGAUGUUUAUAGUCCCGGCUUAUAAGUGAAAUCCUCCCACAAGCCACUGCUUUCUUCCUGUCCUGUUGCCUGGGUCGUCGAGCCAUGUGGCGCGCAAACAAGACAAGCAAAAUCGCCGCAGAUUCAAAACCCUGGACUUGAACAUGGAAAUCAUAUAAUGUGAUUAUAGUCUGCGUAUGAGCGGAAAGGCUAGACUCCUGGUAGCCAAUCUUUUCUCUCAGGGAUAGACGCGGGUGUUUAUCCAUGAACACGAACGCAAAAGGGUGGUAUGGACGAUUAGGGGUUGAGGCCAUGUCUCGUCCCAAUCCCUUCGCGUCUGAAAUGUCUCCCCCAACCUCAUUCCCAGGGCAUUUCCCUUUGAAAUUGAGAAAAGCCCUGGGAACGAGGUUGAUAAUGCCCGCCUCAUUUCGAGAAAGAAACAGACUGUCAGCAGUCUACGAAAAGGCCCGAACAGCCACCGUUAAACUUUUAUCGCGAGGGAAGACCAUCAAAAAGUCAAAGCCCAGAGGACUGAUGACAGAAUAUUGUCACUGACUUGAAAUCUAAAUAUAAUGUGCUAGUUUUGUUAAAAAUUACUGUUUAAGUGUACUGAAGCUAUCAAAGGCUAGGUAGGCAUGUACAAAGUUGUGAUGUUAAACUGACAAAGUCUGACAGACGUACGUUUCCAAAUUUUGUCGUCGUGCCUUAGAAAAAUUGCUCAAAACCAAUGAGAAUUUGCCCUCAAACAAUUAUAUGAAUUUCAUAGAUUCUUUUUCAAUUUACUCUCCUCUAGUCAACUUACUUGUAUUGUCUUCUUGGUGUCCUAGGAUUUAUUAUGUUUGAUGCACAAGCGAAGGUACUCAGAAAAACAGUUACUUUGUUCUAGGAUUUACAGUAAGCUGGCUAAAAGGCUGUCCAAGCUCAUUCUAGCUCUCAUCUAAAUCUGGGGGUCUAACUUUAAGAGUCUGAACGUCUGGCGCUCGCACUUUAAACACUUUGAAUUCUCGGUCUCACUAUCUAAAAGGUCAUAAUGUCUCGGGCUUGAAGAGUCGCAGAGAAAAACGCUUGUCUCGCUAAGUCUCGCAUUUACCAUUCGCCACCCCUACAUAUAGCGUGGGGAAUGUCACGUAUUUUUUAAAUGCGGAAUCCUUUUUUGGUUCAAAAAGCAGUUUUACUUAAUUUUCUUUUCAACAAAAAAGUUAAUAAUUAAAGUUCCGGUUUGCUACAGCUUGUUGUUCCAGCUUUGGUUAAAUAUCGACACUUUAAAAUAAAUGAAGACAACAAAA